UUCAUCAUGUGGGCCUGACUUCACCCGGGAAAACGACCGAACGUGUGACCGCGACAGGGUGUUGGAAAUAGAAGCGGGCGCUCAGCGGCAGCUGCCUGCAGUGGGAGAAGUGGCUGGUGCUGGGUUUGUGCCGGCUCCAUUGUCUAAAGUCAACACUGUUUAUUGCGGGAGCGGCGGGGCCGCCCGCAGCUGUGCUCAGGGACCACUCCGGGUGGUGCCCAGGAUGGAACCACCCCGUGUCCUGGGGGUCACGGCAGCCAGACCGGUGGGCAGCCCGGCCUCCCCGGAGCUCCUCGGCCUCUGCAGGCCUUUGCCCGGGCACUUCCCACAGGCGACGGCAGCUCUGCAGGAAAGGAAACUUCGCUUGUCCCUCGGUCACCGAGUCCCGGGCACGGAAGCCGCGCUCGCUCCAGUCUGGAAGCGGGGAAAUGGCGUGGAAUUUAUGAGCACAUCCCCGCGUGCAUAAGUCACACGUGCACAAAAGGACCGGAUCUCCAAGCCGCUGAUGGAGAAGAAGCGCCGGGCGCGCAUCAACAGGUGCCUGGAGCAGCUCCGGGCCCUGCUGGAGAAGCAUUACUCGCACCAGAUCCGGAAACGCAAGCUGGAGAAGGCCGACAUCCUGGAGCUGAGCGUCAAGUACAUGAAGAGCCUCCAGGGCUCCGCGCAAGGGCUCUGGCCGCUGCCCAGCGCAGCCGAUUACGCGUCGGGCUUCCGCGGCUGCUCGCCCGGCGUCCACCCGCUGCUGCCGCGCCGAGAGGAGGCCGGCGGCGGCCUGCGCUGCCCCCUGGCGCACGGGCGCGCGGGCGGCAGCACCAUGGACAGCGCCGGCGCCCGCGCCCGCGCCCCCGCCCGCUGGGGCCCCGCCCCCGGCCCCGCGCCGCCGGCCGCGCUCCCCGGCGCCCCCGCCCCGCCGCCCGCGCCCGCCCGCUGCUCCGAGAGCCCGGGGCCGGGGCUGCGCGUCUGGAGGCCCUGGUGAGACCCCGGCGCGCCGCCUCGGACUCCAGGCGACCCCGUCCACUCCGGGCACCCCGGGCCCGCGCGCCCCUCGGACGCGAGGAAGCACGGGCGGCCAGGCGCAGGGCCGCCCCCCCACGCCAGGCUCGGCCCGGACCCCCGCUUGCCCCCUCCCUCCCCCGAGACGGGGCUGCGCCCUGUUCCCAGGGGCCCCAGCCCGCGGCCCGCCCCCGCCCCCGCCCCCCGGCCGCGCCGCGGUGGGAAGGUCGCCGUCUGCGCGGCGCUGGCGGACCCCUGGCAGCGAGGAGAAUCGCUGCCCCGCCCCGGCCCAUUCAGCCGGCCCGGGACGCCCGGUUCCCACCGGCACAAUGCGCGCCGGCUCCGCCCCGCCGCCGGGAUGGGGCCUGUCCGGGCUUCCACGGACCCCCACCCCCUCCGCACGGGGCCCGGGCACCACCCGUCUCCACGCCCCGCCCCACGGGACGCCCCCCCCAAUGAUGCCCCGCCCGACUCCUGGGCGCGCUCCGCGCAGGGUGCCACCCGUUGGGGGCAGCGCCGGGCGCUGGGGGUACCGCGUAGGAAGGUUUAUUCACGCCUCGGACCGGGCGGUGGAGGCCCCGACACCUUUCUUCCCUGGGACCCCUACUCUGGAGGUUCCGGCCCACGAGGGACAGGUGCGGAGGGCCCCAGUUUUGUUCGUUUGGGGGCCACACCCGGGGGUGUGCAGGGCUUAACUCCUGGCGGUGCUGGGAGGACCACCCGGGAUGCCAGAGGCAAGCGCC